AUGAAUAAAAACUUUACAAAGGAAUUCAUUUUGACUGAAAGAACUCAGAAUUUGUGGGCUGACUCUGCGCCAACAGCUGUCACUAAGGCGGUGCUUGCCCAGCCUUUGAUCACUCCCUGGCGUCUCUUGCUUCAACAGUCCUGCCAGUAUCGCCAGAGGCCUAAAACGGUAGCUCCAAUGGUCUUGGCAGCGAUGGUUCUCAGCGUUUGUGAUGGGGACACUUGCUCCAAUCAAGUUGAUGGGAUACCACCUCAAAUGUCGGGACGCCGCUUCUUAUGCGUGUCUAUGGCCAGUGGCACGCGCUGCUCUGGAGUAUCAUCGAACGUGGAGGAUUUGUCUGUGAGUCGUUUUCUAGUAAGUGACGGGCACGCUGAGGUACUUGCACGUCGUUCUCUUUUGUCAUUCUUACUUGACGCUGUUCGUUCUAUCAGAAGAGAUGAAUUCUGUUCUAACUGUACGGCUUCUCAUCAGUUUGUAGUACGGGAUUCCGAAAAGCGUGGGUGGCACCUGCGGUCCGAUGUUCAGGUGCACUUGGUGGUGACACACUGGCCAUGCGGCUCUAUGGCACUCUCGGCCACAUCACAAACAGGAGGACAUCUCUUGCUACGCACCCCUUCUGCUAAGCUUUUCGGUGCUUGGGGGGAGGAUUGUGACAAGGAAACGGAGUUUAGGGUGACAUGUCCUGAUGAUAGUGUAACACGUUCUACAAUAUCCGUGUGCCAUCAUAUUCUUGCGGCACACAAAAGCGUCUGGGAGAUAGAUCCUCGUUACACUCACUGCUGCCGUGUGAAGCCUGGAAAGGGGUAUCCCAAUAUGAAUAUGAGUUGUAGCGACAAGCUGUGGCGAUGGUCAUUGUUUGGGCUUCAGGGACGCCGUUAUAUGCGUGUUUUGACACGGCCCAUUCGUUUGAGUAGCAUCGAAGUCGCUAUUGAAAUGAGAGCGAGUAAGGAAAACAGCGGCUUCUGUGAGUAUGGAAGAGACCAGGCCAAGAAUGCGCUGGAUUCUUUGAUAUGGAAAACAUCUACGUUAGAGGAGCAGGUGGGGGCAAGUAUGUGUAGUGGCCGUCCUGUCCUAUCGCUCCUGCCCUUACCCAACAUUUCAGUCUUUCCAAUCGAUGAAUUACACGUCCUGGGUGACGACAUCACGCAAGGUACAACGGGUGGGAAUGAUUCGAGCUACUCCCGCUGUACGUGGAUGACAAACCGUCGUUUCUGUGAGAAAGUGCGAAAUACGUCUAAAAUGCCAUUGUCUCCCAGGGAAGUCAAUUCACAGAUCAAUUCCUGUGAUAGUGUCGAUAACAUUGUCUGUUCCUUGGGAACCAAGCGUGUACGUGUAUCAGGUCCUGUGAUUAAUACUGACAACAACUUCAAGAUUGGAUCAACCCAGUCUCAAUGCGCCAUUGAGGCUACAUGGAAUGCAAGUCCGUCCCUGACACUUAAUACCAAGGUUGGCCUUCCACAAGGUGUCAACAUACAGCAGCUUAAACGUGCUUUAAAGAGGGCGAAAGAUGACGUUUUUCUGAAAUACCCCCUGUCUCGAGCCUGGAUUGAGGCACAGAUGGAAGCAGCUCAAGAUGGGAUCACUGAAGACGUGGAGGUUGCAGGAUCUUGCUUAUGUGAGUUGCUACCUUGUAAGGAGGAUGCAUUUCAAACACUUUUGUACAUCACGACAAACAACUCUUUUUCACCUGAAAAGAAAUUACUUUGGACUAUGAAACACCAUGACUUGACAAAAACUAACAAGCAUGCAUAA